GUGGUGCGGAUGCUGUGGUUUUCGUCCGUCUUGUUUCCAGAGGGUGCCGUGUUGACUGUGAUGUAGACGAAGGUUUUCUGUCAAGCACUCUCAACAGCUCCCAUCUGCUUAUAAUUCAAAUAAAACACAAAUAUAUACAGGCCCUAUGAACGGAGCGACGUUCCCUUCUCCCACCGCAGAGAUGGCGGAAAUCAACCGCAUCCACUACGAGAUCGAGUACACGGAGGGCAUCAGCCAGCGCAUGCGCAUCCCUGAGAAGCUGCAGGUGGCGCCGUCUGCCGCCGAGGACCUGGAGGGCGGGGCCCAACACGCCCUGCACAGCGUCCUGAUGCAGGUUCCAGAGCGCAUCGUGGUGGCAGGGGACAGCGAGUCCUCACAGUACCCCCGGCCGCGGGACCUGGACCUCAUCCAGUCCACCCCCCUGGAGUCCCUGGCCCUGAAGACCCCGCCCCGCGUCCUCACCCUUAACGACCGGCCGCUCGACUUCCUGGAGACGGAGCGCUCGGCAGGGCCUGGCCAAUCCGGAGAGGAGGCCCGUUCUCAGACGCGGGUGCGGAGGGAGCGCUCGGUCAGUGAGAACGCCCUGGUGCGGCAGAACGGCCAGCUGUCCCGCAUCGAGUCCGCUGUGGCGCCCCCGCGGGCCUGCCCCCCCCUGUCGGGGCCGGAGGACGGAGAGAGCCCCUACAGCGCGCGCGGGAUGCUGUCACUUAUCCAGAACACCACCCGCCGCGCCUACCACCAGGUCCUGGAGGCGCUGGACGAGAACCACCGCAGCAGCCCAGCUUUGAGAGGGGGGUCAGUGUCAGCCUCCAACCCCCUUCACGAUACCAGGCUGGGCCUCUCCACGCUGGAGCAGGCGAUGGAGGGCACCCCGGAAGAGAUGGCGGUGGUCGACGCGGCAACGCUACGGCGGCAGAUCAUCAAGCUGAACCGCCGUCUGCAGCUUCUCGAGGAGGAGAAUAAGGAGCGCACCAAGCGGGAGAUGAUCAUGUACUCCAUCACCGUGGCCUUCUGGAUCGUCAACAGCUGGAUCUGGUUCCGUCGCUAGGCAACCCGCCGAUCCGCCGCGCCGCUCCAGUCCGUGUCAGAACCUUCGCCAAAAACCGCCCGCCUGCACUCCACUCCAGCAGGGAGCGAUCCUUGUUGCACUACGUACUGCCCUGUUCCUGGGGAUCGACCGUCCUGUAGGCUUUCGCUCCAACCCUGAAUAAGCACAUCUCAUUCGUCUGCUAGGGCAGGGCUGCCCUGCCCUGCCCUGCCCUGUUCCUGGAGGCCUACCGUCCUGUAGGCUUUCACUUCAACCCUAAUUUGGCCGAUACGGCCUCCGAACUUCUGUGUCCUCAAAAUAUGCACUGCCUACUAAACAUACUGCUUACUUGUAUUAGUACACAGUGUGUACCCAAAUGCAGACCUGAGUACGCUGGAUGAGACAGUUGCCAAGUAGACAAACUUUUCUCUCAAUGUAGUGUACAUUAACAUACGUAUUUCCGGGGUUUCCCGGAGUGCAUUCGGGAGCAGACUUUCCAGGAACUAAAAACCAUACUUUUCAGGAAGUCCCACAGAGAGGAAGAGGCAGAGCCUUGUUUGGGUCCAAUCACAGAGGCCAUAAAGGAAGAGGCGGAGCCUUUUUUUCUUUUUGUUACAAGGGCGGGCAUUGGAAAAUGGCAUGGGGAUAUAUGUCAGUCUGCAGAAUGGUAGGAGGACACAGUUGCUUCGGGUAUGCACACACUCAGUGAAAUGCAUAUAUCAUCAAUACUGAAUUUAGAGAAGCCUACUAACAACUUUCCCUUCCAGUCAACUCAAUUUACGGAUGCAGUAGUAAGCAAGUAGUAAGCUGUUUGGGACUCGGCGUCUCGGCGUUUUCAAACGCUUAUUUUUUUAAUCUCCUUUCCCUUUACCUGACCUGGAAAUCUGAUCAAGGUCCACCAUCAAUCAAGGACAUUCCGUUAAAUCGUUCCUUCCUGGAACUAGAAGUAGAAGUUAGGUGGCUCCCGAACUUCUCCUUUGAGCGAGGAAACGUGAGCGCAUCCGUUGCGCAAGUAUUUUUUCCAGAAUGCACGAUGUGCCGUAUAAAUGGAUCGACCUGUGGAUCCACCUCUCCCCAUCUGCCACGUCUGUGACUUGGGUGGCCUCGAACUGACGUCGGAAGGAUCAAAAGGACAUUCCAUUUGCCAUUCCAAUUCACAUGCUUCUCACUCUCCCUGUCCUCCCCCGAUGGGUGGAGCUCGGGGCCAAGGAAAGAGCCCUAGCUGUUGAAUGAGGUGUGCUUUCUUAGGGUUGGAGUGAAAACCUGCAAGAACAAUGGAUCUCCAGGAACAGUGUUGGGCAGCCAUUUUGUACAGCAAGAACUACUGGGCAAAGGGAUCCCAUUCUCUUUUACUGUAUGCAGUACUUGUAUAGCUUUUCUUUAUUUUUCUAUUUAUUUAUUUUUUACUUUCUUUUUUUUUUAUUAUUAUGAUUAUGUUUCUGAGGUUUCUCAGAUCGCCCAGCGCAUGACUUGGUUGUAAAUACUCGGUAAAGGUUUUUAGCCCUUAACUGGUGUGAGCAUUGAGGUUUUUCCUAUGUGAUGGGAGAGCAAGUGCAAAGAUUCAAAAAAGCAAUCAUGAACAACUUGGGUGGCUGUAUUUUUGUCAAUACUUGAAGGUGUGUUCAGAGUAUUAAAAAGAAAUAAUGAUAAUAAUAAUCUCAUUGUAGGGGACCUGCAAGGCACUGUCCAUUGUUUGUAUCUUCAUUUAGGUCUAUUGAAUUAUGGUUUGUGUAAUAUAUUGCAUCUCAAUAUUGUAAAGUAAAUAAUAUGUGUAUAGUAUAUUGCAUUCCGGUAUGCAAAACAAACCAUACAAUUGCAUACUUGUUAAGUACUUUCCAGUUUUACAUUUGACUGUUUUCCAAAAGAAAAAUAGGGUGACGGUGGCAAGUGGCAGUUUCAGUGCCCUUGUGUUUGUGUGACCUAUAUUGUAAUGCGUUUUAUUUUAUUAUUAUUUUUUUGUCUUCUGCAUCAAUGUGUAUCAUGACAUACAGAGAAAAAUAAUGUACACAGUUUAUUUAAAUAAAUAUCAGCAAUAGACGAA